GCCCCGCGGUAGCCAUGGCAACGCCUCGACGCUGGGCUUCCCCCUCCCUCCCCAACCAAACACCCCCAAAAUCCCCGAAACGACCCAAACCGGAGGCGGUGAGGAGAGGGGCGAGGCCGGGUCGCUGCCGAAGGAGCGGCCGCCAGGGCGGGCGCGCCUACUCGGGGCACUGCGGUAGCGCCGCGGCGGGGGCCCGGCGGGGAGUGCGGCCGCUGCCCCGGCCAUGGAGCGGGGGGCGCGGCGCGGCGGCCGGCUCCUGGCGGCGGCGUGGAGGAGCCUGUGGGAGCGCGGCCCCAGGGAUGGCAGCAGCAGCGGUGCCCCGGCGGGCCUGGCCCGGCUCUCCCUUUGCUCUGGGGAUGGCAAAGGGACAGCCAGCUCCGGAGCAUGGAGCUCCCCAGGAACCUGGUCUGGCAAGGCAGAGCUGUGUCCUUGCAAAGUCAGGCCUGACCACGCUGAGGCCACAGUCGACACAGCUUGGAUCCAAGGGACCAGGCCCUUCUCUUUGGCUGCUGCUGCCAGAGCCAUUUUAGGAAUGGGCAGAUGGGGAGGUGAUGGUGGGAAGCAGCAGCUCACCCUGCAGGAUGUGGCAGAGCGAAUUCGGAAGAAGGAGUGUCGCAGGGUGGUGGUGAUGGCUGGCGCUGGGAUUAGCACCCCCAGCGGCAUCCCGGAUUUUAGGUCCCCGGGGAGCGGCCUCUACAGUAACCUUGAGAAGUACAACAUCCCUUACCCAGAAGCCAUCUUUGAACUGAUGUAUUUCUUGGCCAACCCUAAGCCCUUUUUCACUUUGGCCAAGGAGCUCUACCCUGGCAACUACAGACCCAACUACGCCCACUAUUUCCUGAGGCUCCUGCAUGACAAAGGGCUCCUCCUGCGCCUCUAUACCCAGAAUAUCGAUGGGCUGGAGAGAGUUGCUGGGAUCCCUCCCGAUAGACUGGUGGAAGCCCACGGCACCUUUGCCACUGCCACUUGUAUGGUCUGUCGAAGGAACUUCCCAGGAGAGGACUUCAGGGGGGACAUCAUGGCAGACAAGGUCCCUCACUGUCCUGUCUGCACUGGAGUCGUCAAGCCUGACAUUGUCUUCUUUGGCGAGGAGCUCCCGCAGCGCUUCUUCCUGCACGUGACAGACUUCCCCAUGGCAGACCUGCUGUUCGUCAUCGGAACGUCCCUGGAGGUGGAGCCCUUCGCCAGCCUGGCAGGAGCCGUCCGCAGCUCCGUUCCCCGAGUCCUGAUCAACCAAGACCUCGUGGGACCCUUCGCCUGGCAGCGACGCCACAAUGACAUAGCCCAGCUGGGGGACGUGGUCAGUGGGGUCGAGAAGCUGGUGGAGCUGCUGGGCUGGAACGAGGAGAUGCAAACACUAAUUCAGAAGGAAAAAGAAAAGCUGGAUGCAGGAGACAAGUAGGAGGGCUGGCUCCCUGCUGCUGGAGGGCGACGCUCACCUUGAAAAGGAGACGUUGGCGUGCCCAGCAGGGGCAGGGAAGGCGAUGGCGGCAGGGAGCCCUGGAAGAGGCGUCCGGCUCUGCAGCAGCACAUCCAGCGGGCUGGGGAGCAGGGACGCUGCGGCUCAGUCCAGCCCGCCGGGAAGCGGAGCAGAGAGGCCCCCGCCCGUGAAGGAAGGGACGCUGAAGGGAGAGAAGCCCAAAUGCCAAGCGGCAAACUGGUUCUGCACGUGAAGGCUUUUGACCUGAGACUUCAGAACAGUUGACGUAGCCACCAAGCGCUGUCCCCUCCCUCUCUCACCUCAUUUCGGCACCCACCAGCAGAGACUUUCCUGCUCCCCAGCUCUGGCUGUCACCCCAUCGGCACAUCGACACCAUCUGGCGAUGUCCAGCCACGAGAGCUUCACCAGUGAGCGGCCAGGAGCUCCUGGGCUCACACCAGCCUGUCAGAGGAGCCGUGCAUCUGCUGCUUGCCAUUUGGGUCUCUUCCUGAGCCAUCCCACCCCAGAGACCCUCGGGGGGCCUGGUGAAGGUCAGUCUGGAGUGGGUUUUCCAGCUCCCCGCUCCGGACUGAGCAUCCCCCGGCUCCUUUCCCAGCUCCUCCUCGGAUACGCUGCUCUCAGCCAUGAUCUUUCAGCUGCUGCAGACUGGUAGUGUUUAUUCUUCAGAUGAAAUCUCUGCGAAUUGGGGGACAAAUGCUGUCACGGGGGGGCCUGCCCCCCAUUCCUUUUCAGGAGCGCCAGCUCAAGCUGCUGGAAGUUUUGAAUUGGUGUAGUGUUAAUUAUUUAAUAAUAAAGAGUUAUAAUUCUUUUGCCAAUGUCA